UCCUAACUGACGGAUCGUUGACGGUUCGCGCAUGAAACCCAGCGGCUGUCGUCAACGCUGCUGGAGACCCACCGACACUGAGGGGUGAGCGGCCGGUCAGCUCUCCGUCACUAUGGACGCCUGUGCUCGUAUUAGAGGAGUCCCGAUAAGAUCCAGGGCCACAGUCCGGAAAGAGACUGUGCGUGAUGUCGGGCCGCAGAGUGUGAAGAGCAUCCUUAGGAAUAAAAAGGAGCUUUGCAGCGUUGGCCUGGAGCUUCCAAAUAGAGACUCCACGAGACUGACGGAGAUUCAUUUUGUGUGUCUGCCUGAGCAAUGUGAAGGAGAAGAUGCCACCCAACAGGCCAUGUUAUCUUUGCCAGGAGGGCUGUGUGAGCUUCUCAGGUCGCUCCACGUUCACAGCCUGAAGAACGACGAGGUCCUGCUGCUCAAAGACUCCCGCAGGCUGACGGAGCACAAAGACGCCGGGCCUCACUGCUGGUUAAAGACUGUGUGUGUGCUGAGACAUAACCCCAGCACUAGCUUCUACCCUCAGGCCAGCGUAGCUUCUCUGGCCGGUUUGCUAGGAUGCUACAUGGCAGGCGUUCGCUAUGCGUUGGAGAUCCAGGCUCUCCAGAGGGGCUCAGCUGAGUCCUGCCAGGCUGAGGAAGAUGACACUAACCAGUCGGUCUCAUCAAUCGAGGAUGACUUUGUCACAGCCCUGGAGCAUCUGGAGGAGGAUGACACAGGAGCCAAUCCCUCUGCAGGCCCCUAUCGCCAUUUGAAAAAGCGUGACGUGGCAUCACAGACAAUCCCAGCUCACAGAAGAAAAAAGGAAUUGGCAGGCUCCCGUAUCAUCAUAUGCUCAUCGUCGAAGAGAAUUGCAGCCAAACAGAGUCCUGGUCCGGAUGUUUCUGUCACAGUGCAGAGGUCAUCGGGCCUUGAAUCCCAGUGGACUUACUGCAGCCCCGGAGCUCGUGUGCCCUCCCCUGUGAUCCAUGUCAGUGAAUCUGAAGACUCUGACGGCUCAAGCCCCAGCCCAAUCAUAUUCCUAGAUGAAGUGGGCUACCAGAAGAGCAUGCGGGCCAAACUGGACAUCCCCCAGGUGCCAGGGGGUCCCAGAGAGCGCGUUGAAGACUCCGACUCUGAAGUCAGUGAGUUCUUUGACAGCUUUGACCAGUUUGAUGACCUGGAUGAGUUGAGCUCAGAUAACUGCACUCUCGCACUGCCUCUGGAUGCGAUCAGUGCCUCGACGUCACAGAGCAGUGGGUCAGUAUCCAAAUAUGUGUCCAGGGGUUGCUCAACCAAGGGAAUGAACCCUCACCGAUUUGACCACCCAACUCUCCCAGCCAAUGUGAAAAAACCCACUCCUCUGAAACCAGGCUCGCCCUACUCGCUUCACUCUGAGGUGCCUGACUCCCCUCGACUAAUGCAGACCCCAUCGGACGAGAACGGUGGCCCACUCUUCAGUCCUGUGAGCUCCUCGGCCUUCAGCCCCUUGGUUGACUCUAGUGGACCUCUUGAGUACUUCUGGAAGGCAGAAGAAGAUGGACAGGACAUCUUAGAGCUACGUAAACCCCAGGAUCUCUGCUCUCUGUAUAAAACCUACUCAGACUUUGCCAGCAGUCUUUCCAAAGAGAUUCUGGGAUCUGUGUGUGGCUACCAGUCUGCCGUUGACAUCAGUGACAACAAGAAUCUCAGCUGUGUCUGCCACAAGGAAUUCGAGAACCCUUCAGGAUACCUGAUGAAGCUCUCAGAAAUACAAGAGACGGUAACAGUGGACGCUCUGCAGAAGAAGUCCCAGUCUCUGAAGGACGGCAUUCAGAGGUUUGCCACUGACCUGGUGGAGAUGAGCUUGGGCAGCGCGUUGCGAGACCUCCAAAAAGGUGUAUCCUCCUGUACCACCACCUUGUGUCACCUGGCUGCCAGGCUCACCUCCUCAGUGUUCCAGAUGGCUUUCCAGGAGAUCGGUAUGCGCCACGGCUACGUGUUGAAAAAACGGGCAAUCAAUGGAUUGGCUGGCUUCCUGGUUGGAGAGGCUGUAUCCGGGGCGCUGAAAGACUUCCUGACAGUGAAGAAGCAGAUUUUCCACAGCACAGUGUCACAGUUCGCUGCUGAACUGGCUGAAGAGCUGGUGUUUGAAGGCAUUAUGGAAGUGUGUCAGUUCUCUUACCCCUCAACCCCUCGCACCCCUAGUGAUUGGUCCUUUGGCCAAGGGAAAGAGGAGGAGGAGGAGGAGGAGGAGGUGGUUUGCUCUUAUGCUUCUGACUUGUCUGAGUCUGUUAUCCAAGAGGCCUUCAUAGAGCUUUCUCAGGCUGAUGUGUCCUUCACUAGCCAAGCAGCUAUAAGUGUGUCUCUGGACAACAUCUGUUAUGUCAGUUCAGAGACCACUGGUGCUCAAACCUGCAGUACCUUUGCUAACCAGCAGGUUCUUAGUUCCAGCUCUGCUGCAGCAGCCCCAGGGCCCUCUGGAGAAGAUGCUUCCUGUACGGUGAAGAAAGCCCUGUUCACUGUAUCAGGCAUGGCCAGCUGUAUUCCUGUGCCCAAAGCAGGCCAAGCCCUCACACACAUCCAUGAUUCUGAGGAGACCUGUCAGUAUGAGUCUAGCUUGUCAGAUAUCCAACAAAACAGCCCCAAAAGACUAAAUGUGUCUGCCACUGACACACAAACUCACCUUCACAGUCAUGGAACUCAGACCCCAACACCUGGAGAAGACCACUCUCAAGGAAAGUCCUCUUUCCAAAACUUCUCUGGCAACAUGGUGGAUAUGAUAGUAACUGAAGCGUGUGAGCUAAUAACUGCUUCUAAGGUGAAGAAGAGUUUUGGUGACUGUGCUGAAUUCUUUACAAAGACUAUCGGCAGCAGAAGGGAUUCUUCUUCUCAGCAGGAAACUGAAAAUGACGAGGCUCCAGAUUCCCCUUCAAAGCAGGGCGCUUGCUUCAGAUAUGUCUGUAGAGAUCCUGGAUAUGUUAGAAACAUCAUCCCUGUUGAGCAACCAACACCCCCAAGCAUUCCUCACAUUUCCUUUCAGACAAGCCAAAAUAGAGCCAGCUGUGAGUUAGACCCCAAGAACAAAGGUGUGGCUGAAACACAUCCUGUGAUGAUGCAUACCCUUGAUGUACCGGGCACCGAGAUGGGUGGACAAAGGAGGACAUCUGUUCCGGGGGAUGACUCGGCUCAAAGCUCUGGACAAAAGUCUGGUGGGACUCCCGGCCCUCCUCCUUCUACCCCUCAGCAGCCCAGCGAGGUGUCCAAAGAGAAACAGAUUAAACAGUUCUCAAAGAAGCUGAAAAGCAAGCUAGCCAAGGAAUUUUCCCCCGCUACCCCACCUCCCACUCCUCACUAUCAGCCUGAGCCGGGCCCUGGGCCAAAAGACAUCUCCCCCGAGGCAGACAAGGCUGAAUUCAUGCUUAAGUUGAUGAGGUCUCUCUCUGAGGAGGCGGAUGGCAAUGAGGAUGAAGAGGUUGAAGAAUUGGCAGAAGAGGGUGGAGUCGAUGGCACUAACAAAUGUCCAGAGACAGGAAGUGGCCGACGGGAUUCAAACCAGAUGUCCGCUCGCAGAAUGUCCCACAAGGAAGCUUUACAUUAUGCCGAGAGGUUGGCUUGCCAUAUAGUCUCAAUGGCAACAGAGAUGGACACUCUGGGAGUAGCGGAGGAAGAAGGAGAGAUGAGCAAAGGCAGUGGAAGAAGGAGAGACAGUGUGGCUCAGUUCUCAGAGCAAACCCUAAACACCUUGUGGGUUUAUGCCGGGGAGGUGGCCGGAGAAGUCAUCAAUGACGUGAAGAGGAUGGUGAGCUCUGCACAGCAAUGUCCAUAUCACAAAGAUCUCAGAAGAAGGAGCUUUGAGAGAUCUAGCUCUGAAUCGUUGCAUCACCAGUCACCUCCUGGUGCAGAGCAGAACAAAGACUGGAGGGUAGGGCGGCUGGCUGAGCAGUGGUCUAAUGAUCUGAUAGCCUCGGUCUUCCGGUCUCCUCCCUCCACUUCAAGCACGAUGUCAAGCUCCAGCUCUGGCCUGUCCUCUGAGUAUCCUAGCUGUGAGAGUGUGACGGACGAAUACGCUGGCUACCUCAUUAGGGUUCUGAAAAAGGAGGGAGGCAACAGGGAGUUAGUGCUAGACCAGUAUGCGAGUCGUUUGGCCUACCGCUCCAUAAAACUGGGCUUGGCUCAUGCCAGUCGCAAGAUUAAGAAGAGAUCCUCUAGCACCCGGCUUCACUCUUCCAGGUCGCUGCCCGAUGAAUGGAAAGUGUCUGGAAGUGAGGCCUCGACACCCAAGAACAGAGAUGAGUCGGUGGUUAGUCCUUCAAGUGACGCAGCUCAGUGUUGUUGCAGUGACUCUGAAGAGCAGAGUCAAAGGGAGUACAUGGAUCUGCUCAACUUUGCAGAGUCGUUAGCGUACAACAUCACCUGCGAUGUCACCCGCAAGCUGCAUCUUUCCUCUGCACGACUUCCCAAGUCUCUCACUGACUCCUGUCUUUAUAAGAAGUCCAAACUUGAAGACAUGGCAGAGAACCUCAUCAGGAACUCCUUCUCCUGCCCCCUGUUGUCCAAGGAGGCGAAGAGCAAGCAGUACCACAGUACAGGAAGCUUGUAUGACGGUGGCUACAGGGGUCAGGUGAUGCAGGUUAUUGAGCAUUAUGCCAGGAAAAUAGUUGAUGACACUCUGAAGAUGAGCAUGGCUUCAGUUGGACAGUCAUCCCGGGAGCACCAGAGGAACCAAGGCCACGAGAGACACGCUCACACCCAGAGGUUGUCUGAAGGCCAAUCGCUGGGCCAUGCUCUUGGCGAGAGGACAUGCCGUUAUUGUCAGGUCCAGGAGUGCCCAUACUGCACCAAACCUGGCAGGCACCACCACCAGCCUGUACUUCAGAGGAGGAGAAGGAGGGAAGACGGUCAGGCAAGAGCUGAGCGUCUCCCCAGCCUGGAGAUUCCCAAGAUCCACAUCGACCUGGACCACAGGGCAAUGUUUGCAGAGGAGAUGGUGUCGAUGGCAAUGGAGACAGCUAAACGUGAGCUGAGCAACACCAGCCUGAACGCAGACAGUGGCAUCGGGCAUGAUGGAGCCAGCUAUGCUGAGAGUCUCACUGCUGAGAUCAUGACGUCGGCCAUAUCCAACAUCUGCCUGCCCGGCAACAUCAGCUUCCCCUGUAGGGAAGUUGCUGAGUCGUCCGUGUCCCAGCAGCUGAGUGUGGGAGACGACAGUCUGGGAAGCUGGUCCAACCUGAGCUUUGAAGACGAGCAUCAGGACGAUAACAGCAGCUUCCUGCACCUCAGCGACAGCAGCAAUGGGAACAGCAGCAGUUGGAGCAGUCUGGGUCUGGAGGGGGAGGCGUGUGAGGAGCGCAUGUCCUUCUCCCCUUCUGACAGUGACAACACAGAGGACAAGGAGACGGAGGUCAAAGAGGAAUCCAGCGGGACCCUCUGUGUGGACCGGACCCAGCUGCAGGCCCCCCCCCGCACGGCGCUGCUUGUGGUGAACUCGGACAUCAGGGAGCUGGGCCGCGGCCCCCAGCAGGCAACCCUUGACCCCCAGCUCAGGAGCAUGCUGCAGUGGGUCGCAGCCUCCAUGGCCGACGCCCCUCAGAUCCAGAUGAGUCCUGACAGAGAGCUGCAGCAGCUCCCCUUGGUGGUGCAGCGUCUGAAGGAGAGGAGGUGGAGAGUGGGGGAGCUGCUCCACACCCUGCUGCGCUACUGUGAGGAGGCUCAGACUCACAUCCUGCCCAGAGACGAGGCUCCGCAGGCGGGCAGAGACACGCAGCGCACCCCCCUCUUCCAGUGGCUCCUGGAGCACGCCUAGGAAUCCUCAUCAACUCUCUUGUUUCCUUAACUCCUUAACUCACCUCUCUUGUUUCCUUAACUCCUUAACUCACCUCUCUUGUUUCCAUCCCCUCUCCUUUCUUCUCACUCCUCGUUUCCUCUCAUCUGCCCUUAUUUCAUCGUCUUCUCCUCUUGACUUCUCACCUCAACUCUCUUGUUUCCUCUCUCCCUCAUCUUUCCUUUCCUCGUUUAUCCCCUUUUACACUCUCCUUCUCCUACUUGUGUCCUGUUAUUUACAUUCCUCUUCAGUCUGUUUUCCCUUCAUCUCCUCUUCUCUCUUCACACUCCUUUCCCUUCUUGUUUCCUCUCCUUGUCUCCUUUUAUCUGCCCUUGUUUCCUCUACUUUUCUUUCCUUUCUUCUCUUGUCUCCCCUUUUUCACUCUCCUCUCCUCAUUUCCUAUCCGGGCUUUGCAAACCCCUUCCUCUAGAGGGCGCCAAACACACCCUCUGAUUCUCUGAGAACUAAUGUUGGAUUUCAUUUGUAUUUCCCACCUUCUGUUUGUUUCUGUUCGUGCAGUUUUCCUACUUAUCGGGCUGCAUACUAUCAUGUGUUUAUUCAGUGAGCUGUCUCUCCCUCACACCUACACUGUUUCUGAAUUAAAGCCCUCACACCUCGCCGCCAUUGUGCUUAAACUACAGACAGAGAGAGAGAGAGAGAAAGACCCAUCCCAUGUGAUCCAGACGAGAAAUGUUUUUAGGGAAUCCCCAUGAUGUCAUCACACCUCUGUGGUGUUUCCACAUGUUCAGAGACCAACCACACACACACACACACACACACGCGCACACACACACACACACACACACACACACACACACACACACGCACACGCCCUUGUAUUAUCAGAGGGAAUCCACUUCACUGACACCCCAUCAACGUCUGACACCACUAUCCCCCACAGAGUAUUCCAUUACUGUAUUAAUCCUCUCUGAAUGACUGGGCUUGUUAUUCACAGUUUGCUUCACUGACGUUUUUUUCUCUGGAGCUCUGAUGAGUUAGAUGCCGGUGAAAUCACUUUUAAAUUAACAUGUUGCCAUAGAUACAGGUUGACCAUAGACACUUUUAAAGAGGCCCUAUUGUGGCAGUAGGAUGACGGUUGCAUGUAUUCCUGUUUCAUCUGCUAGCCACGACCUCCUGGUUUGUCAAAACUUAGUAAAAAUACUUGACGAUGUUUACUAGGGUAUUACAAAAAAAAAAGUCUAUUUUUGAAGGUAGAGUACAGUAUGUGUAAUCAAUCAUGAAAUGCUGCUCAAAGCUACGAGAGAAGCCAUGAUAUUGGAUUAAUGUUGCCAAAAGUGUCUCAUCAGCUGACUCCCCAUCCCCCCCAUCACACACACACACACACACACACACACACACACACACACACACACACACACACACACACACACACACACACACACACACACGUCAGUAAGUGUGUGAUCCAUCCAUUCGGGGAAGAUCCAGUGACGCAGAUACUGGAUCUUUUACUAAUUAAAGACACCUCUAAAACCACAGCGUAGCUCAAACAUGGACUCACACACUCUGCCACAGUCACCUUGUGGAAUGACAAGCUUCCACACACACACUCAUGUUACUCACCAGCCCCCCCUGACAGUGUGUGUGUGUGUGUGUAUACUGGCACAGCACUACCAGCCACUUGCUGAGAUGCACUUUUUUCUUUUUGAUUUGUCCGAGGGGAGAACGGACAUUUCCUGAAUUUCCUGCAGAAUGCACGUAAAUGCAAAUCACCCCACAGGGAAAAAAAAUCAUUGGGGAUACAUUUGUAUUUAUUAUUUUCUAACCCAUUCUAUCAGGACUCUUAAGUUUAAAACACUGUAUUAUACCACAACCUCACAUCUAUUACUCUAAACUAAGUGUUGCUCGGUGGUGCUCACCUGCAUGGCUGAAUCUUCUUCACUAACGAGCUGCAGUGAUUUGUGUCGUCACUGCCUCACGUUACGCUUCAUCUAUAGGCUGCCAAACGAUAGACAUGUAAUCUUAAAGGUGUUCGUACUGUAUGAUUUGUUUACAAUAACAAAAAAAAUGAAUAUAUCACGAAAUAUAUACUAUUUUUAAAAAAACUCUAAAGUGAAGUAUUAACCUGAGAGCGUGCAUAUCUUGGUUUACAGUGAAGGAAUGUAUAAUGAAAUAUGAAGACGGCAUCACAGUGUACAGAUCCUCUCAUCGUGUCAUCGUUACGUUUUGGAAGUGAUAUUUCCCCGGGUAUUUCCCAUCUCCCAGCCCCCUCUGUUUCCUUUUUCUUUACAUUCCUAUAUCUCUCUAAUCGUUGUCUGUGAAGCUGAGUGUUCCUGCAGAGAUUAAAUAACACACACUGUACAUUUGUUUUCCCGCUGUGUUUCCCAGUGUUACUUUCUGCCUCUGACAGACGGGGAAAUAAAAGAGAGAGCUGUACCUCACCUCCACUCACUUGUGUAUUUCUCCUGCUUCCUUGUGAAACCCUGCCAAAUGAAGAUAUUUAAUAAAUUAUGUAAGUUAUAUAAUAACCUGUUCUCCCCAGUGCUGAAAACUCUAACGAUGUUUGUGUUGAAGCUCGGUGUGAUAAUAAAGCUUUUUCAUGUGCUCUUGAAA